GGGAACAAGAAGCAGUUGCUUUUCCCCCUCCUUCAGGAUUCUGUCUCUGUGGCUGCAACAGCCUCGGAAGGAUAGGGCAGAAAAGCCCUGCCUCGCUCUGUCAUAGGAGGCGGCGGCCGCUCGUCGUGUUUGCACUUAUGAGGAAGGACUUCUUUCUCUCGCUCCGGGGUCGGGCGAUAAGAAAAGGCAACUGAAGCUGUGAGAGGACACCUUGCCGAAGGAUGAUCUGUGAUUUCACAGAAGAAGCAAUUGUUGAACCAGGAACUAGUGUUGAAGUUGAGUGCAUGAGAGAGAGAUGGCUACCUUUGGUGCUUCAAGAUUAGCAGCCAGGAACUUCAGUUUAAUUCGAUUAACAUCUUUGUCCAACUGGGGAAUGUGCAUUAAUCCUUACAAGAUUUCCAGCGAAACCUUAAACAAAUGGGAACAUCAAGUGAAUAAGUGCCAGACAUGGAAUAAAAGCAAUAGUCAAAGAUGCUAUUUUAUGACUGGAAGUUCUAAAUGCCACAGAGACUUUAUUAGUAAAAGCCAAGAAUGUUUUUUGAAUGUGAAGAAUACAGAAAUAAGCAAUGUUGCACAAAGUUCCUCUGUAAAGCCUUGCAUCUUCUCUGAGAAGUGGCUGAAAAAUGAUGCAUUAUCUGGAACACUUCCUUCUUGGAAGUUACAAAAUGUUGCUGAUGUUCAGAUUUUAAGGUCUUUUCAUGGAUCACCAUCAUUGAAAGCUGCUCCUGUUCCCAUCUUGUGGAUGAUCUUGAAGCCAGCUCAGAAACUUCUUGCUAUCAUACUUGGGAGGAGCAUAAGAAAAUGGUGGCAUGCCCUUCCUCCAAACAAGAAGGAGUUAUUCAAAGAAGCUGCAAGAAGAAAUAAAUGGAAGAUUAUCUUGGGCCUGUGUAGCCUAGGAAUCAUAUUUAUCAUGUUUUAUUUUACACACUUGGAGGAGACACCAAUCACUGGACGUGCUCGGCUUUUGGUAUUUGGGAAGGAGCAUUUUAUUGAAUUGUCCCAGAUAGAAUAUAACAUGUGGAUGGAAGAAUUUAAAAACAAAAUGUUACCUGAAAGAGAUCCUCGUUAUCAGGUUGUAAAAAAACUUAUUAGUCACCUAACUGAAAGCAACAAAGAUGUUCCACAAAUCUCAGCGUUUCAAUGGACUAUCCACGUGGUAGAAGACUCAAGUAUCAAUGCAUUUGCACUUCCAAAUGGAAAACUGUUUGUUUUCACUGGUUUGCUGACUGCUGUGUCAGAUAUUCAUCAGCUGUCUUUCAUUUUGGGACAUGAAAUCGCUCAUGUUGUUCUGGGACAUGCUGCAGAGAAAGCAAGCUUGGCACAUUUCUUGGAUUUCUUCUCUCUCAUUCUUCUCACAAUGAUAUGGGCUGCCUGUCCUCGAGACAGCUUAGCAAUUCUAGGCCAAUGGAUCCAGGGCAAGUUUCAGGAGUUGUUGUUUGAUAGGCCAUAUAGCAGGACAUUAGAAGCUGAAGCGGAUGAAGUUGGACUUCACUUUGCAGCUAAGGCAUGUGUGGAUGUAAGAGCAAGUUCUGUAUUUUGGCAGCAAAUGGAAUUGGUUGAGACGAUUCAAGGAAACCCAAGGUUACCAGAAUGGCUUUCUACACACCCUUCUCAUGAGAACCGAGUUGAGCAUUUGGACAGACUUAUACCAGAAGCUCUUAAAAUACGAGAGUGUUGCAAUUGCCCUGCUUUGGCCAGUGAGGACCCGCGUCUUAUUUUCAGAUUGAGUAUGCAGCAUCUUCUGCAAACAUCUAAAGAUGGAGAACCAAAUGUUACCGAUCAUGGUAAAACAAAUGUGAUUCGUCCUUUCAUUCAAAAGAAGAAGAUGCCUGUGGAUAUUUCAUCUGGAGAACUGUCAAGAUGAAGGCAAUAAUUCUAUUAGAAUGCUUAUUGUAUACUUCUUAAACUUUCCAGGGAUUCUGAAAUGGUAUAACAACAUAUGGAUGGGAUGGAUAUAAAUCAUGACUCUGUCCUUUGAUUGCAAUGUACACAUGGAAUACUCAGUGUGUCCAAUGUGAAAAUCUCUGUAUGUGGGAAGCAGUUGCUUUCACAGCGAUAAAAUGGAAACAACUAUUUAAAUGUGGCAUCGUGCAGCACUCUAUGCAUUUAUAGGGGGCAGAAAUGUGCUCACCUGUGCAAAUAUAUGUUUGAGUAUACUCUGGCAAUAAAUAUAUAUUUUCAUAA